UCAUGUCUUAUGUCGAGCCAUAGCGCGAAAGACUCAUCGGUAAGAUGACUAAAAUAUCUGAUGGAUUACCGUAAUUCAGUUCACACUACUACUGGGUUAUCCCCUGCUCAGUUGGUUUUUGGUCACAAGUUAAGGUCGCGUUUAGACUUAAUCAAUCCGAAAUCAUCGGCUCCCUCGUCACCGUCUGUAUCCGAUCACGUAAAAAAUCAACAGUGUAUGCAAACUAAGCAACAAGGGAAAAAUAAAGAAAAGAAUUUUGAAAUAAGUGAUAUUGUAUUAUAUAAAAGAUUCGUUAACAAAGCAAGUUAUACAUGGUGUAAGGGCAUCAUAUUGAAAAGAAUAGGUAAAGUUUUGUAUUUAGUAAAAGACCUUAAAAACUCAGAAAGUUACAAAAGACACAUAAAUCAGCUGAGGCUUUAUAAAGGAACACAUAACAAUAAUGAACAAGAUACGUUGUUGAACUUACCUGGGUCGUCUGGGCUAUCUUCAUCUCCGCCGCCGUCGCCGCCUCCAACACCGCUGCCGCCGCCGUCGCCUUCGUCAGCUUCUUCACGAACAGCUGUACCGCAGCCCGAGCUCGACUUACCAAACUUCUCUCCGGGUAGCUCAGCCAGAGGGAGGAGAGCAGAAUUGUACGAAGGAGGUACCUCUUUGUUGGUGAGGGAAGACGAGUCCGAGAAUUGCUUCCCUCAGAUUGCAGAGAACGAGCAGCGAAUUGUAGCGAAUGAUGCAGAUGUUGAAACAAGAGAAAGACCUGUAGACUCCGAGGAUGAGUUCCACGAAGCGGAAACCGACACCCAGGAGUCACAACAUGCCAAGUAAUUACGACAAAUAGAUCACUACGAAAACGCCCCGUGAUUAGUUAUAGGAAGUAUUUUUAGUAUUGCUUAAUAUAGCAUUAGUGUUAGAGUUUAAGUACUUUUUGUUAUAGAGGGAGGAAUGUUAAGUAUCUGUGACCGCGUCCUUUCCCGCUCGCUGAACUGUCAUACGAACUGUCAUCUGUCAAACCGUAUGUGAAUAAACAAGUGCGUUGCUAACCUGCGAUUGUUUAACUUGUACCUACGACCUUUAUACAUAACACCGUCGGUGUGACCUCGUCGCCCGAGGCAGAUGCUAUUACGACACUCGGUAGGCU